AUGGAUCGUAAACGUUGAAAAAAUUUCGUCCAUUUCGCUGCUGAUUGUGAGCGCAUCCAUCUGAAAUGCCCCCACAGGAAGUUUCCUAUAAUGGAAAAAAUUCCUAAAGAAGGAGGGAAAACUAUAUGGAAACUCACACAAAGCACAUAUGCUCCUAGACAGCAUGAUAAGAGGUUUUUUUCUCUUCGUUUUGCAAGUGUCAACGUGGAAAAGAGUGUGGCGACAUCAAUUAGCACCUCCAUAGCCUAUACACUACUCAAAAUGUUCUUGCAGAAGGAACAUCCUAGCAGAGGAUCCUAUACUCAAUUAGCAUCUGUACACAUCACAGAAAGAAUAUAUUCUUGCAGAAAUAAUUGUACCAAGCCGACCAAUGAAGCCAACUAUUCAUGGAGUUAUAAUCAAAAGAGGUGAAGAAUUAUUAUAUGAUUGGACUCUAAAUUUUCAUACUUACUGGAUGCCAUACUAACAGCUGACGGACUAAUCUCAGCGCCCAAAUGUUAGGGAAGCUGCAAUAUAAAUAUAAAACGUAGGGAUCAAUUCCAGUUUAACAAGAUAUGAACAAAUAAAUUAACGUUCAGCAUAGUUUAAGAGAUGGCUGUGAACGUAUGAUACUGACCCUAAUUUAAGGGGAUCUCGAUUCUUGACUUGAUUAGCGAAAAACUCUUCGGUGCAUUUCCAUGAUGCUGGCGAGAAACCACCCUUCAUUAUAGAAAAUCAACUCACCAGUCAAGAGCAAGUCUAAUCAUGUGGAAAUCCAAUUCAAGACUUUUAAUAAGUUUUGUGUCAACAAGAUGAGUACUACCAUCGUUUGGAUGAUUUUAUGCAAGUUAUUGUAAGACCACAAUUAAAUACAAUGCAUAAGAAUCUCGACAGAACACUGCAAAUUGUAAAAUGCAGAACGUAAUAAUUGUUCAUGUGGCAAAGAACGUGUAACUAAGGAUUAGUUUCUGUUGGUCAUUUCUCUAGGUUAGUUGGGCUGUUGGUCAGUUUCCUAGUUUGGUUGACUAACAUGGGAUUUAACCUAGAUAGUUUUCUUUCAUUGCAGCUGGGGUAGUUGUAUAUAACUAUAAAUUUUUCUAUGAAUUAAUAAGACGCAAGUUUUUCCCGACUGUUUAUCCUUGUUUGGUUUGCAUCAUUGUAUCAGAGCCAAGUUCCGAUCUUGGGAACUGUGGGUAUAGACCCACCACACUUCCCCUGCAUCACUCUGAUCCAUGA